CUGUGACGUUGAAUGUAAUUAACAUGUCAAUGAUUAUAUAUUUGUAUUGUUUGUUUAAACAACUCAGUAUGCUUGAUGCUUCAAUUGUAGAUAUCAGAUUAUAUGGACACUUUAUCAGUAGGGUUUGCAAGUGUAUGGACAGCUUCCACCUAAAGGCUAAUUAUUUAUAGCAUCAUAAUAUAGAAACUUCCUACAAUAUUGAUACGUAUCUCUGUGACAAAAGAAGAAAGAAAACAAACAUGGCUGACAAAAAAGGGGCUGCUCUAUACGAGUCCCGUAUUGUAAAGGAUGAAGACAUACAGACAGUUAGCAGUCCUAUUAAACAGGCAAGCAGAAAUGGAAGCAUAGACAAAAAUGGGAACAGGGAUACAACUGGAAAUGGUGCAAAAGCUCAAGAAACAACAUAUUCCUAUCAACUUAAUAUAUUAAACAACCCUUUCACAGAAAAUUUAGAAAUUACUGGACUUUGCACUUUUAAACUGAACAAAAAAAAUGUUAGUCUUACGACGACUUCAGGCUCAUCUAAAAACUUUAUGUGGGAUUACAACCACAUAAGGUUAUAUGGAACUAAAAAGGGAAGCUUCUUCAUGGAUGUCGGACGUAGAUCUGUAAGCGGCCCAGGGUCCCUCUUAUUGGCUGUUAGUGAUAUGAAGCAAGGACAAGAGAUAGUCAGAAACAUGAAGCGACAAAUUGAAAAGAUGUCCUUAGAAUUUUUCCUGCGUGGUAAGAACAUCAGCGGCUCUGAUGACUUAUCAGAGGAGGAAUUUGUUGGUGAGAUUGUCAAGAACAAGUUCUCAAAGCAUCUGGGACUUUCUGGUCAAUACACACUAGUAGUAGAUGUCACAGGUCUUACGCUUCAGGAUAUAAAGACAGAGAAGCUGUUAUAUUGGUGGGCCUACAAAAACCUUCGACAAUACACCGGUAAGGAGACUAAGUUCAGCUUUGAGGGUGGCAGGAGCUGUAUGGCCGGCGAGGGUAACAUUGAAAUGAAAAUGAUUGCAGGAAUGCAUGUUCUCUCUCGACUAAAUCACUUUUCUGACUUAGUAGCUAAGAAGAAAGAAAUCUUGGAUGCUGAAGCAGCGAAAAUUAAAGGCGGACAGAUCAACCCAAACCCAGCUGGGUAUCAAGAACUAAUGUUUGAUGGUGACAACAUGGAAACUAGAAACCAUGAAUAUCAAUCCCUUGAUAUGUUAUUACCACAUUCUCCAGCACAUUCAACAUAGAAAAAAAAUUUUACAUUCUUUUUUACUUCCAUGAAUUUUAUUUUAUUUUAAGUUCUUGUUUUCUGUCCUUUCCUUAUUUGUGAUGGGCACUCAAGCCUUUAGGGACAGAUUUAAGUUUGUUGUAUCAUGAAGGAAGUAUGUAUGCUUACAUGAAAAAAAUGAUGAUCACAAUAUGACAACAACAAUCAUUUAAUUAGCUUUUCUUCAAGGAGGGAAGGGGUAACACAUGAUCUCUUG